AUCGCAUCACACAACUCAAAUUCGGAACAAAUCGGUGGAUAAAACAGCCGCCGAUUAGUUCCUCUGGCACCGAUCGGCUGCCCGGUCGAAUUCGCCCAUGACACCAGCACCAGGUACAUGUACACGUGGCCCGGCGCGGCCCGCGCGCGGUUAUUUCAAGUACAGCCUAACGUUAACUGUUAAGGUAGGCCUAUAAAUUUUCAGAUCUGCAGGAUGCAAUAAUCAGACGGAGUUAGGAUAGGUCUACUCCAACUCAAGUCAAGUGGGCCAAGUGAAUAACUCAUGCAAGAUGCCACGACGAAACAGAAAAAAGAUUGUUCUCAAGAAAAGGACUCUAGUAGCAGGUCGUUGGACUGUGGAAACGGUCAAACUAGCGGACAUGCUUUCACAGUCUGGUCCUGGACCUCAAAAGGAGUUUCCAUCCACAUCACAGAUUAGAGAGCGUUUAGUCCUGCAGCAAGCAGAAUCUACUUGUCUAGAUCCACCGGCAGAUGUUGGUAGCAGUAGUACCAACCAUCAAAGAAAAGAAAAGACAUUUGAGGAGUGGAGGGAUCUGCAACCUCAUUUGCAGAGAUCCUUUGUACAAGGACAUGCAUUACCACCUGAUGCAAAAUGUGAUUUCUGUGAAGAAGAGGUUGCUUCUGUUACUUGCAAUGACUGUGGGCCGUAUGCACACUUCUGUGUUGGAUGCUCUUCAAACUUUCAUCGAUCUCUUUUACACAGGCCAAUGAUAUGGAAGAAGGGAUUGCUAUAUCCAGAUGAGGAGAUGAGAUGUUUUCAUAGAGAUCACAGUUGCCUGACAACCUAUUUGAAGACUCUGGAGGUAUUUGAUGCUAAAGGGAGACUACACAAAGCGCUGUUCCAGUUAUGUCGUUGUGAACCUGAAGCUGCAGGCAUUCUUAGGUAUCAUCUAUGGCCAACCCAACCCAAACCAAAGAGGGCUGUGUCAAUGGAACUCAUGAAGCUUAUUUACUUCCUGAGAAUGGAGGCUAAUGUCUCUUUAAAAGCAGCUAGCCAGGUUAUUGGGCUCCAGAACAGCCUAAAAGAAAAAGAGGUGAAUGCAUUGUACUCAGAACUGACUCAGCAAUCUUUUGCACAAUUUCAAACAUUUAGUGCAAAUGUAAAUAUGCAAGCUGUUCCACAGAGUAAAGGCAAGGAUUGUCCAGCCUGUCCAAAGAUUUGACAAUAAGGACCAACUUGACUGAACCAUAGUGUUAAAUCAAUGCCAAUACCACAUGCUCGGUGUGAUAUAGGUUUGUUCCACGAGACAAACCCAAGCAGUCCCUUCAUCUCUAUUCCAAGUCCUUUGUACUA